AUUCUCGAUAACGCCUUUUUACUAAAUAUUCGUUCGGUCGAGGAUAUUUUUAAGACUUAUAUAUCCCUGCUAUAUCGAUCCUUAAAAUUAGAUUUCAAAAAAGACAAACUUAACCGAUUAAGCUUAGCUAUAGGGAUAAUUCGAGCUAUAAAACCUUAUAAUCUCCGGCGUGGUAUUGGUGAGGCAGUCGAUACCACCAAAGUCGCUUUAUUGACCCUCGAGCCCUAUCUAAUUAUAAUAAUCUGCCUAAGACAAAUACGUGAUACUCUCGCUAUAGAAGCCAGGGAGCUAUAUAGAUCUAUAAAGAAAGUAGCUAGCAUAAAAAUAGGAGAGCUUAAAGUAAAGGUAGAUACUACGUUAAGAGUAGCUAAAAAGAAGUUAAAAGAAGCAAUAUUCGCGGGUGCUCGUAAUGAAUUUUUUGCUACUAUUAAUAUUAUAGAAAUUAAUAAGCAACUUAAUCUAUCGCUAUUAGAUAUAAAAUAUAAAAUUCACGAGCCGGAACGAGUUAUCCACUGCCUCUAA